AUGAAAUUUUCAAUACUCCAUUUUGCCUUUUUGGCAACAUUAUCUAAUAUCUUCACUGCCGUGGCUGCUAGUGACGAUACCAUCACUUGUAGUGCAGAUAGUCAUUGUCCAGAAGAUAAACCAUGUUGUUCUCAAUUUGGUAUCUGUGGUACUGGGGCCUAUUGUUUAGGUGGUUGUGAUAUUAGAUUUUCUUAUAAUUUAACUUCUUGUAUGCCUAUGCCUAGAAUGAGUUCAUUCCAAGAAACAUUUGAUUCCAAAGAUAAAAUUAAAGAAAUUGAAUUACAAUCUGAUUAUUUAGGUAAUUCUACUGAAGCUGAUUGGGUUUAUACUGGUUGGGUCGAUUACUAUGAUAAUUCUUUAUUACUUCAAAUGCCAAAUCAUACCACUGGUACCGUCGUAUCAUCCACCAAAUACUUGUGGUACGGUAAAGUUGGUGCUACAUUGAAAACAUCUCAUGGUGGUGGGGUUGUCACUGCCUUUAUUUUGUUUUCUGAUGUUCAAGAUGAAAUUGAUUAUGAAUUUGUUGGUUAUAAUUUAACUAGUCCUCAAUCAAAUUUUUAUUCUCAAGGGAUCUUAAAUUAUAAUAACUCAAGAAAUUCUACUGUAAAUGAUACUUUUGAAUAUUAUCAUAAUUAUGAAAUGGAUUGGACUGAAGAUAAAAUCGACUGGUAUGUUGAUGGAGAAAAAGUCCGUACAUUAAAUAAGAAAGAUACUUGGAAUGAAACCAGUAAUCGUUUUGAUUACCCUCAAACUCCAUCAAGAAUUCAAUUUUCUUUAUGGCCUGGUGGUGAUUCUUCAAAUGGUAAAGGCACUAUUGAAUGGGCUGGUGGAUUAGUCAAUUGGGAUUCUGAAGAUAUCAAGAAAUAUGGAUAUUUUUAUGCUCACAUUAAAGAGAUUUAUGCCACUACCCAUGAUUUACCAAACAAUGUUAAAUUAGAUGGUAACUCUACUAAAGAAUCUGAUUAUCAUGCUUUUCUUUAUAAUAGUACUGAUGGUAACGAUAGUAAUAUUAUAUUGACCACUAAAAAGACGUGGUUGGGUAGUGAUGAUGCUACUGGGUUUGAUCCGCAAAAUGAAGAUGAUAAUGAUAACAACAAUAAUAGCAAAGCUCAAGAAACUACCAUCACUUCAACUAGUGGUUCUUCGACUAUAACUAGUGUUAAAACUGAUUCAACUAAAAAGACUGCAAAUGUUCCAGCUCAAAAUACCGCUGCAGCAGCACAAGCAACUGCAAAAGCUACUACUGCUGCCACCACUUAUAAUCCAAGUGCUGGUGUUGGGGGAUUUGUUCAAGAUUCAAAAUCUUCUGAUUCUGGAAGUAGCAGCAGUGGAAGUGGCAGUGGAAGUGGAAGUAGCUCUCAAGGUGUUGCCAACUCAUUAAAUAAUAAUGUUGUUAGUGGUAUUUUUGCCUCUAUCUGUUUGGGUGUAUUGUCAUUUUUCAUGUAA